AUGUAUCAGGUGUUUGGACCACAAAUUAUUGCCGAGCUGGUGAAGCCUGCAGAUGCUGAUGAUCCUGAAGCAGAGGUCAUUGCCUUGUCUCCAAAGGCCCUCUUAGCCACCAACCGGUUCUUGUGCGAGAUUUGCGGUAAAGGCUUCCAGAGAGACCAGAACCUCCAGCUCCACCGCAGGGGGCACAACCUCCCGUGGAAGCUAAGGCAAAAAAGCACAAAAGAGCCGAGGAAAAGAGUCUACGUGUGCCCUGAGAAGAGCUGCAUCCACCACAAUCCCGCGAGAGCGCUUGGAGAUCUGACCGGCAUAAAGAAGCACUUCUGCAGGAAGCAUGGCGAGAAGAAGUGGAAGUGCGAGAAGUGCUCCAAGCGAUACGCAGUGCAGUCUGACUGGAAGGCGCACUCCAAGACCUGCGGCACGAGGGAGUACCGCUGCGACUGUGGUAUCCUUUUCUCCAGGAGAGACAGUUUUAUAACACACAGGGCCUUCUGUGAUGCCUUAGCUGAAGAGACCGCAAGAGUUUCUGUAGUAUCCGGCAUCAACCACACGAUGCCCAUCGUCAAUGCCAGUUACCUUCUCCCUGAUGGUUUGAUGAGAUCUGAUAUGCUGCAGAACUUCUCGUCUAAUAUUAAGACUGAUAUGUCCAACUGCAAAGCUGAUGAUAAGGCUAGACCAAAGCUUCCCUUGUGGAUGGGCCACGGAAUUCAGAGCAGUGAGCCUUUAAGCAGCCCCACCAGUCUCUCUGAUAUCAAUCAAAUCGGAUCAAUGGGUGCCGGAACCUUGUAUGGUGAUCUCUUCACCUCAUGUUCAAAUUCGCAGCAUCUCAACUCUGAAUUAAGUUGGCUGUAUGGCAGCAAACUCUUGCCUUCGAGCAGUGCUGUUGAGCUAACAAGCACCUCAAUUCCAGCAACCACCAUGAAGGAGGUCGACAGCUCGCAAUCUCUCCUCGCUAGCAUUCCUUCCUUGUUUAGCGCUCAACAUCACCAUUGUCCUGCACAGGCGUCGAAUAUGUCUGCAACAGCGUUGUUGCAGAAAGCUGCUCAAAUUGGCGUGACUUCCACCAUUCCAUUUAUUGGGAGCUUUGAGCCAUCGAAGUGCCAAGAUACUCAGAUUGAAGAUGCUAGCAAAUACGAUGGACUCCUCAAUCCAAACCAGCCGAGCAACCUAGAGAACGUUGUAAGUGGUUUCACAGCAUCGGACCCGUACAAUUUGUUCUCUGAAAGACGCUGCAGCUCUGUAAAAGAUGAUUCGGGAGGUGGAGGAGAGACUAGGGAUUUCUUAGGUGUUUGGGUGCAUCCCCUCUGCCCCUCAUCAAUCAACGGAUGGAUCUGAGUCGAAAGCUAAGUUGUUGAGGGAAAAAGGAAGGGCAGGCAUGGAGAGAUUAUUUUAUUUGCAAAUUUUGCAGGGAAGAAAAAGGUGGUAUCACUGCUUCAUGUGAGUUGAUGGAUGUGCUCAGAGGGCAAAUGUGCAUUCAAAAGUAACUAACUAGAGGUCCGCCUAUAUUUUUCAGGAACCCUAAAAGGCAGUAUUCUGGGAUGCUGCUUUUGUUUUGGAAAAAGUGGGAGUGGUUUGGGAGGCAAAGAGCACCCUCAUUUUAGCUCUGUUGUUGCAUUCCAUCUCUUUCGAGGAUGUUUUCUGUUUAAGCUGAACUUUAGUAAUUUUAGUGCCAUAAAACUAGAUUUUUUUUCUUCUCUAAUAAAACAAUGGAUAUUGCUUA